AGCCUUCAGUACGAAAAUUCCGCCGCGUGUAUCAUUUCGCGAGAGCUACGUGGAAACGCGCGUCUGCAAUACGCACACUCGUAUUCUCUAAAAGUGCCGGCCGCCGAUAUCCCUGGUCCAGUUGAAGUUCGCACGUGAUUUCUGCCGGUUCAGCCUUUUGAAAUCAAAGGAACACGAGACGAAAUUAUGUUUUGGAUAAGGAGUUUGCCGUGGACUAAAGUGAGAAGUUAAGGCCGAGGUUAGCAGCAUCCUGAUGGACGAGCCUCACUUGCGGCUGUGAUCCUGCGGACGACGCACCAUCGCCCUCGCCACGCGCGUGACUUGAAUGAAGAGAAUGCCUCUGGAUGGUCUUGCAAAAAGAGGCAGCGGUUUCCAAAGGACCGUCUUUCUGCACAGAUUUUGGACUGUGCUUUUCUUCGUUCUGUGUUUGCAGCAACUGGCUGAGGCACAAUGGUGGCCGUUCAAUACGAAUUUCAGUAUAUUUACAAACCAGAUCGAGCCAGGCUUCCGCUAUCCGAAGAUCGUGAGCGCCGCGCGCACACAGCAGCGCUUUCCAAAGAGCAUGCACUUGCCUUGCGACAAUGUGCAGAUGCGUUCCGACACGGUACCGACUUCGGUGCACCAACUGCGGCCAGGUGACAUCGACGUGGUUGCUGCCCUCGGCGACAGUCUGAUCGCGGGCAACGGCGCCAUGGAAGAGUUCGCCAUGGGCACCCUCUUCGAACACAGAGGCGUCUCCUGGUGUGCAGGUGGUGAUGGCACGUGGCACCAGUUUCUGACAGUGCCAAACAUAAUAAAAGAGUUCAACCCUCGGCUCAGAGGCUAUUCGACUGGCAAGGGCGAGUUCCAUUCGCCCAACUCAAGACUUAACGUUGCCAUCCCCGUCUCGGCGGACGAGAAUCUAUUGCAGCAAGCUAGAAUUUUGGUCGCCAGAAUGAGAAAAGAUUCUCAAAUCAACAUCCAAAAGCAUUGGAAGUUGAUAACCAUUUUGAUUGGUGCCAAUGACCUGUGCUCAAGCCAGUGCUACAAACCAGAAGAAAACACUGGCGAGCAGCAUCGGCGUCAAAUCGAAAGGGCACUAGACUACUUGCAAAAACAUUUACCUCGCACUUUUGUCAGCCUCGUCUCGGUUGUUGACGUUUUAUCCAGCAAGAGGGUGCCAUCCACCUACACGUGCCAGUUUCUGCACAGGCUCUUCUGUACCUGCUACCACAGGGGACAAAAAGCCGAAGAUAUGUGGAAGGUGGUGCGCGAAUACCAAAAGGCGGAAGAAAUGCUGACUUUGAGCGGGAAGUAUGACAGCAAACCCGACUUCACUGUUGUUUUCCAGCCCUUCUUGAAGGUUCUAGACGCGCCUUGGUCGGAAAUCAAGUCUGGAAAGUUUGAAAUGGCAGUCGACGCGAGCUACAUCACCUACGACUGCUUCCACUUCAGCCAGAAAGGCCAUGCAAUGAUGGCCAACAUGUACUGGAACAAUUUGUUAGAACCAGUGGGGAACAAAACGCAGAGCCAUCUUCCCAACAGUCUGAUGCACCCGUUCAAGUGUCCAUCACCGAAAGCGCCAUUCCUCUUCACCAAACAAAAUUCUGAAAACUUUUACAAGUUUGGACGCCAAUAGGAUUCAGUGCCUGUGCGAUCUAUUUAUUGAGUGUGAACUCCUAUAUCAUGAUCAAAUUUACUCUCAACUGAAUUUGAACGAAACCCAUUUUGUUUUAAAGCAUCCAUUGAAUUUUACCGGAUAAAAAUCAAGAACGAUUAUUUCGUAUCACUAUACUGCAUAUUUUGUCCGAGUUAUUUGAACAUAUUUCUUUAUCAGAUAUGUGUACCAGAAUUAUGAAAUUGAUGCUGCUGUGAUUUAUUUAUAGAAAUAAGAACAAUUCAUAGCAGGAAAUUUAAAUUAAAUUUAGACCAAAACAAAAAGAUGCGAUUUUAAAAUUUUUAAUGCGUCAAAAUAAAUUUUAUAUGACUUGUCAAAAACUAUACACAGUCUUGUCAAAUUAAAUCCAACUGUGAAAAACUUGACAAUAAACACUUGUGAGAAAAUUAAA